UUUGUACCCGGAGGUUUUACGGAGACGGACCGAAGCAGCAUGACGGCCGCGAAUGUUGUUGGAGACUCAAGUGUCAGAAAAGACGGUGUUACUGACGAAGAAGACAAACUGCAGGUGUUAAAAGGUGCGGCAUUUUUGACCACGGUGGCCUCGGCGGGGAUGGUUGCAGGGUUCGGCUCCACGUUGGCGCUGGCCAAGAAGAAGAGCCCGGAGUGGUUCAGUAAGGGUGUGGCAACGUCGGCCCCUGAGACCGGAGCCUCAUUGGCCCUCAGAGCUCUGGGUUGGGGCUCCCUGUUUGCCUGGUGUGGAGUGGGUCUGCUCAGCGUCACCGUGUGGAAAGCUCUCGGCGUUCACAGUUUGGCAGAGUUCAGGCACAAGAUGCAGUCGUUCUUCCCGGCCAUCCCGAAGAGCCCUGAGGCUGCGGCCGGAUCAGAGCCGCUGGACUGGGACUCUGUGUUCGGGUCCAAGUGAUCUGGGUCAGCCAGAGACUAAAACCCAGACUGAUCCGCAGCAGUUUGUACCCAGUUCUGGUGGAGUCCACCGGGCCUUGGGUUUUCAGGACAGAGACGGAACCCAUCAGUUCCUCAGGAUGUCUCCUGCUUCUGUAAAGAUUUUACAGCUGAAAACUGAAAACGUGAUGCUGGAACAAGAACCGUCACCAGAUGUAAAUAAAAAUAUUUAUUUAAAACUUUAAA